UUUUUUUCUUUGCUACAAGAAAAGUGGUUUAUAGUCUCACAUUGCUUUAUGCUAAUGAGGAAGGUAACGUGGAGAACACUCAGAGACUACUGUGAUUGGCUAGCAUUGAUUAUGUCGUCACUUCCCACUGUCAGCUUGAACGCUUCCGGGAGGAGAAGGAAAACACUGGUUGGUGACAAAACAAAUUUGUAAGACCAACUGAAAGAGGCACUUUAAACCCAGCCUUUUGACAACUGAAAUCUAAGCUCUCGACAUGUUUUCCUUCCAUGUUUUCGAUCACCCUAUGGCCCGGGGUUUUCAGAACCGCUUCUCUACCCAGUACCGCUGCUAUUCGGUAUCCAUGCUGGCGGGGCCCAAUGACCGCUCCGAUGUGGAAAAAGGGGGCAAAAUAAUAAUGCCUCCUUCAGCUCUCGACCAGCUCAGCCGGCUUAACAUCACGUACCCAAUGCUGUUCAAACUGACCAACAAGAACUCAGACAGAAUGACACACUGUGGUGUUCUGGAGUUUGUGGCUGAUGAGGGAAUAUGCUACCUGCCACAUUGGAUGAUGCAGAAUCUCCUUCUCGAGGAAGGUGGACUGGUCCAAGUGGAGAGUGUCAACCUCAUGGUGGCCACCUACUCAAAGUUCCAGCCUCAGAGUCCAGAUUUCUUGGACAUUACAAACCCCAAAGCAGUAUUGGAGAAUGCCCUUCGAAACUUUGCUUGCCUAACGACUGGUGAUGUCAUUGCUAUCAACUACAAUGAAAAGAUCUAUGAGCUGCGAGUGAUGGAGACCAAACCAGAUAAAGCAGUAUCCAUCAUUGAAUGCGAUAUGAAUGUUGAUUUUGAUGCUCCUUUGGGUUACAAAGAGCCUGAGCGACGACCUCAGCACCAAGAAGAACCAACAGAAGAAGAGGGAGACCCCACAAGUUACGCUGACAUGGACACAGGAUUUAGGGCAUUCACUGGCUCUGGAAAUCGCUUAGACGGUAAAACAAAAGGGAUUGAGCCCAGCCCUGCUCCUCUCAAUGCAAGCGACAUGAAAAGAGGCAUUCCCAACUAUGACUUCAAAGUUGGCAAGAUUACAUUCAUCAGAAACUCUAAACCUCUGCCCAAGAAAAUAUUUGAAGAUGAUGAUGCCAUGAACAGAUUUAUUGCUUUCUCUGGGGAAGGACAAUCAUUACGGAAGAAGGGCAGAAAGCCUUGAGGAGUGACAAAUGGAGUGUUUGACUUGUUUAACACCUUCAGCUCAAAGUAAAAACUGACUGCAGAAGCACUCGAGUUUGCCUCUCUGUCAUUUCCAAACAGGAGCAUUGCUGUUGACAUUUGAUUAUAGUUAGCGAACCGACAGUACUAUUUUUCCUUGGAGCACAAAAAUGACUGUCAGGUGUAAUUUGAUAUUCACAUGUUCAGGGAGAUGGAUUUAUUUUGAGCCAUGUAUCAUCAACACAUAGAAUACCUUGAAAAUGAUUGAUGUCAUAAUCUAAGGUUGCAGUUAUCUUUGACUUUUGGUACCCAAUCUUUUCUGGAAUUGUUAUACUUUGAAAAAAAUCUUAAAUAUGCUACAUCCAACUUCCCAUUGUUAUGACAGGAUGGUAGCAAUUACACUUGUUUUAAUCCUAAUGAGAAAAAUGUCUUGAAUUGUGUUUGUUUUCUUUGAGUUUUAGGGAUAACUUGCUUUUUUCUUUGUUUAUUUAUAGACAAAUAAAAGAUUGCGUUUUGAAAUGGUUUGUUGUUAAUAACUGUUGUUUCCAGCCAUUCAGGAUGUAACUGAAUGAGACUGCCACACAAAGGGUUUAAUUAAGCAUAUUCAUCAUAAAAUAAUUAGAUGGUUAAUGCUGGGGUUUUCAGAUGGCUGGCAUAAACUGUCAAAUACUAAAACAGAAACAACCGCUCAACAACGUUGGAUGGUGGAAACCACAGCAACCUGGAAAAAAGCUCCAGAUUUGCCCAGUAACUAUCUGAAUGCAAGCAACUUUAAAUAAAAGUGC